UGUCUGACGAGAGCGCCCCCUAUGAAAAUAAAAUGAUUAAGCGCGGGAGCUUUUGGUCGCACUCUUGGUUCUUACUUCGUUUCGACUGGACCUAGAGGCCAUCAUCAGAUCACAGAAGCUACCAUGGCGGACCUAAACCCCAAAGACCUCGAAAGGGCCCAAUUCGCCUUCUCCAUCUAUGAUGCUGAUGGCAGCAAUUGCAUCGACUGCUGCGACUUAGGAAACGUCCUUCGCGCCCUCAACUUGAACCCCACAAAUGCCACUAUCCAGAAACUUGGUGGUACGGAAAAGCGAGGAGAAAAAUCCUUGUCCGUCGAAGAAUUUCUUCCCAUUUUCAGCGACUGCAAAAAGGACAAGGACCAAGGAUGCUAUGAGGAUUUCCUAGAGUGUCUGAAAUUGUACGACAAGCAGGAAAAUGGAACCAUGCUUGCCGCUGAACUUUCGCACAUAUUAAUGACCUUGGGAGAAAAACUCACUGAAGAAGAAACGGACACAGUAUUGAAGGACUGCAUGGACCCAGAAGACGAAGAUGGUUUCAUCCCCUACGUUCCUUUCAUCAAGAAAUUCAUGUCGUAAAUCCAGAGGUCGUCGGCAGAGAGGUCACCAAUUCAUUCCUUAAACGAUUGUGCGAAAGGGCAGCAGUAACUGAAGAAUAAAUAAGAACCAGGAAUGUCUCAAGAAACGUCAUUUUCGCCGUCGAUGAGGAAACAAAUAUUCAUUAUGUUCAGCACUGUGCCGAACGAAGAUUUGAAUUCGGCAUUUUUACACUCAUUUAAACGGUUACUUUAAAAAAAUAAAAUAAACAAUAAAAAACAGACACUAAUACUCGUUAGAUCAAGAAAAUAGAGUAAUAUUCUUAAUUCUUUGUUAUGAAUUCUAUUUGUACCUCGACAACCAGAUCCAAUUACAUUCUCUAGAAAUGUAUCAAAUAUAAAACCAAAUCGACAUAUAUACACUAUGUAAUUAUAAAGAAAUAAUUUAUUUGUUAUGAUUAUAAAAUAAAGGUAUUUAUGUAUACAUAAGCGUUGUUCGCGAAAUUCAA